AAGGCUCUAAAGACAGAGCAAGGAAGACUCUACCUGAUGGUCUGGCGGUCAAGCAGUCAUCAAUACCAGGGGCUGGUCAGGGGAUCUUUGCUACCAAGUUCAUGCCUAAAGGAUACCGGUUUGGUCCAUACGAUGGUGACAUUGUGGACCUAGAGACUGGAUAUGAUAGCGGAUAUGCUUGGGAGAUAUGCACGGAAGGUAAACCUCACCACUAUGUUGACAGCAACAGUGAGCAGACAGGCAACUGGAUGCGAUACAUCAACUGUGCACGCAAUGAGGGUGAACAGAACCUUGUAGCAUUCCAGUAUCUUGGUGAGAUCUACUACCGUACCUUCAAACCAAUCUGUCCAGGAAGGGAGCUACUGGUCUACUAUGGGGAGCAGUAUGCAAAGGAUCUUGGUAUCACAUCGCAGCUCAAUAAACUCAACAUUGAAACAGAUUCUGGCCUGUAUAGAUGCGAGCACUGUGGAUCACUCUACGCCAUUCCGCUUGUCUUAGCAAGGCAUCUCAAGUACAAACAUGGACACUAUGGUAUCGUCCCACGGGCAGGUGCAUCAAAGGAAGACAUUCUACAGUUCAUCAAAGGAGAAAUACAAAAACCUAUUCAAUCUGUUAUUAGAGUGAUGACAAUUAAUUUGGGUAGUGAUACAAAAAAUAAAGCCAGCAAUGAUUUGUCAAAUGAUAAAAUUAGAAAAAAUAUUAAACCUACUUGUAGAGAUGGAACAUUUACUAAUGAAAUUCAUCCUAAUAAACUUGAAAUCACUAAAACAGAUAAAAAGCCAAAUGUUUGUGGUAAAUAUGGUAAUGCAUUUAAUAAUAAUCUUGUCAAACAUAAAGAGAAUCAUGUAGCAAAGAAAUCAUGUGUAUGUGAUCAAUGUGGUAAGGCAUUUGAUCAUGAACCUAAUCUCGCAAGACAUAAACGAAUCCAUACAGGUGAGAAGCCCUAUGUAUGUGAUCAAUGUGGUAAGGCAUUUAAUCGUGAAGGUAAUCUCAUAGCACAUAAACGCAUCCAUAAAGGUGAGAAGCCCUAUGUAUGUGAUCAAUGUGGUAAGGCAUUUAAUCGUGAAGAUAGUCUCACAACACAUAAACGCAUCCAUACAGUUAUAAAUGGCGGAUCGUUAAAAUGA